CGACCGACGUUUAUCCCGCUGAACCGCCCAAACCAAGUUCGGGGACUUGGCCGAGGGAGAGACGCGCCUUUUGAGUUUCAAGAUCUCGAGCCUCGAUUGAGUCUCAUAACAAUAUACCCCCUUCCAAAUACCAGAGAUAUAAUCUUCACAAUGGGCAUCAUCCGCAAGGCCGUCUUCACUUCCCUCCUCGGCACCUCCACCGCCGCCGCUUAUCUCGCAGCCAAGAACCCCGUCAUCUCCCCGCUCCCGCCUAAUGAUUCCAUCUGGUCUGCCCGCAUCUACAAGAACCACAACCCCAACCGCAAUCCCGCCACUCAAGAUGUCUGCAUCAAGCGUAUUCCCUUCAGCAAGAUUCGUCCCGAGCUUCUCCAGAAGGAUGGCGAUCUAGCUCUCGAGUUCUGCCGUGGUCUGUGGAGUGGCUGGGGCUACGCUGUUCAGCGCAAGUACCUCGAGUACAAGUGGCGAGGUCCCGAGACUGAGGAUCAGCUGUGGGAUAAUGAGCAGCUCGCCGAGAGCACCUACGACAAGGGAACUAAAAUCACCGACCACUUUGAGGUUGUCGAAAAGACACCCACAGCCAUCACCGUCCGCUGUGGUGACUCUCCUCGUAACCACGCUGUGCGACCUUCUGACGGUCUCUUCACCAUCAGCGCCACCAUUGACAAGCAGCGGGAAGAGGUUGAGCUGAGGCUCAGGAGCUGCCUCUUCUCCAGCGAGGGCAAAAUCACUGGCAUCAAGGGCCCCAUGCCCCCUUGGAUGGAGGAGCUGCACCAGUGGUACGCCCGGAUCUGGUCCGAGACAGCCUCAUGGAAGCUUCUCAAGUGA